GCUCCACACAGGCAACAACAAGAUCAGAAGCAAAACGACUUAGCUUAUGACUAGCAAUUAACGCUGUAGACCCCGCAACAAACAAAUACUAACAGUGGGUGACAACUGAGGAAAACAAUAACCAAAAAAUCCGAAAACCGAAAACCGAAAAUAUACGUAAACAAAAUUUGAACAAAUAACUUGUUGAUAACUAACUGUAGACGCUUGCGGCCGCGCAGUGGUAAACGCAAAUAUAUCGAUUGCGAAUGCGAAAAUAUUUCUUAUAAUUGGAAAAAUACUGGAAAAUUUUGCAGCUGUCUCAAAAAAAAAUUCAGCACAGUGUUUGUGAAAAAGUGAGUGUGAGUGAUUUUUGUAAAAAAUUACGAAAGCAACAAUAAAGCUGAAAGCAAAGUGCUGGCCAAACUAUAACUGAAACUUGGAACCCAUAGUGAACUAAGACAAAUUUCGUACUCAAAACUGUCGCCAUUUAGACACGCAAAGUGACCACAGUAAUAAAAUUAGACUGUCAGCGUGCUCCACAGUGGACGUAAGUCAACAAAUUUGAGACACAACAAAACCGAAAAACCAAGUUUUAGGCUGCAAUAUUUUUCUACGAGCAAUUUCGCAAAAUUAUCGAAAUUGGCUAAGUGCGAAGUGCGCUAAAUACAAAAUUUAACAAUAUAAUUGGCGGAAACUCAAAAUCAGAAGUACACUCAAACAUUUUUGCAAAAAAACGCAAAAGUUCUGUGAGCAUAUGUUAUAUACAUACAUUUAUUAAACGGCUUAGCUAAGCGUUACAAGCGCACAAAGCUACAAACAGCACAAAAUAUUUUGUGAUUUAAUUUAAUCUCUCGAAAGACUGAAAAGCUACGGCUUUCACAAACGGCCACAAAAUACUGCCACCACGCAAACGUAGUUCACAACAACAAAGUGUUAACAAAAUGAUUUCGCGUCGAAAAAUUAUAUCGCGUUCCCUCGACAAUCUAGACAUGAUACCAAAUAUCGAAGAGGAAGAGGAUAUAUGGUAUAACAAGGAGAAACUCUUUAGGGACCACAUCAACGAAGUGCUCAGCAAAUGGGAACAAAUCGAUGAUGAGAUUUGGGCGAAGGUAAUAGUAUUCGAAAAGAAUCGACGAGUGGCCAAAGCUUAUGCCAGAUCUUCGGUUAUCACCAUAAACGGAGGGAAAAACGGCUUUGACGGUGUGAGAAUUGGUUUGAGUGGUUUUGAAAACCCUAUGCGUGAUGCGGAUACGAAACUUGUCAAAAAGUCUGUUGGUGAAGGUUUCAAAAUUAAAAUGGAUGAUAUUGGAAACAUACUAAUCAAACGUUAUGGCAAGAGUAAUGUCUUUGUACACAACACCUCAAUGGUCAAUGAGGAGACGGUCAUUGGUGGCGAUAUACUUCAAAUGCCUAACAUGGGCCUGACGCCAGGCACAUCUGCGAAGCUGUUUGACAUGCGUAAAUAUACGACUAACAUAAAUCGAGAGUUCUCACGUUCAUAUCCAGAGAGCAGACGUCUGGAACGUCAAUGCUUGUCGGCCAUAUCGUUAGUCAAAUCGAAUAAUAAUCUAAUCAAUAAUCCGCUUUGGAUUCUGGUCAUAAAUAUAGUCGCAAUUGAUAUGCUAAAGAAUCGCCUACAAGCACUCCCUAAAUCGGUGGAUGCGGUGGGUUCGCGUGUGCCAAUAGCGGGAAGUGAAGAUCCGUAUUCGACCAUUGAGAGUCAGGUCGGCCUUAUUUAUCCCACGCCUGCUGCCUCCGAUGACUCAAAUAAUUCAAAUAAUUCGAAUAACUCAAGCCAAUCGAGCAAAGGACGCCGCAGUGUUUACAAUACAGGAUUCCUUGAUGACAGUCCAUAUGUGCCAAAGCCCGAUUAUGAAGUCUACAACCAAUCAGUGCCAAUGCUCUCGUCGAAGCAGAAGAGCAAAUGUGAAUUACGUAAAAAACAAGAUGAUCCUUACUACUGCGGCUUACUUGCCCGCAUACCGAAUUUCAUUAAAUCUUCAAAAAAGACGCCCAAUAAGAAGGAGGCGAAAAUAUCGCGGAAAAUUUCAGCUUCGCAACAACAAAUUGUCGAACCACAGCCAGCACAGCCGCUGCCCAUUGCCACAUUCCACCAGUAUCCGGCUCACCAGCCACCAUAUUACCCAUACAAACUACUGCAUGCGCGACAUCAUAGACUCUCCCAAUCGCAGCUGUCAUUGUGGGAUGCGCGCAGCCUGAUUAGCGCACAUGAAUAGUAGUGGUGAGGUGGCUCGACACGGACGCAUGGGAUUAUGGCAAAUAAAACUAAGCAGUGUGCGUCGUUACAGCGUUAAUCAAAGGCAUUUCUUGUAAAGAUGCAUGUGAUUUCUUCCUUUAUCAAUAAACUUAAGUGAAUAUGUAGUUGUAGUAAUAAAAUAUCACUUUCUGCGCCAGAACGUUGAUGCAAGCCGUGAAUUAAAAACGGUGAUUACGAAGUGAUUACUUAUUUGCAGUCCAUUAUUUUGCUUGUAUGAAUGUGCAUAUGUCUGCAUACACGCAAUAUUAGUAAAUAUUACAAUUUUAGUUAUUUAUAAGAAACAUUUUAGUGAACUUGCUUCGUGUAAGUGUAGCACUAUUGCGAUAUUGCCAUAAUUGUUUGAUUUUUUGUAGCCGCUGACAUAUCAAACCUACUUAGAUGCAUACAAAUAGCAUAUGUAUGGUAUGUGCACAUAAAUAGUUUUUUCUAAAAUGAAGACUGAAAUAUGUCCUAGAAAUAUUCACACUAUAAAUAUUACGCAAAAAUCACUUUUUUACGUAUGAAACAAAUUAAUAAUUACAUAAUGAAAUUUAAAAUCUUCGUAAUCAGAAAAUUAUUUAAGAUAAGUGUGUGAAAAUCUAUCAAAGUAAUGAAUAUUUAUGUUUAAGUUAAGUUUACGCUCGUAGUAUAACAUUUAAGUAUAGCACAUACUAGAUGGCAUACUUAUGAAUAAGUACUUAAAUGCCUAAAAAAUGUCAUUUUAAGUGUACGUGGUAAUUUGAUUUUAAUUGGAUUGUAUAUAUGGAUUAUUCCAAUGAUUUUAAAUUUAUAUUUCAAACAAUUUGA